UGGGAGCAUCCGGGCAUGCUGGGAACUCAUCUGGCCGGUCUCAGCUCCUGGAAGACUUGCUGCUGUGCUUCUAGGAUCUGUACUAGAGACUAAUUUUGAAAUGAAGGAGAUGUCUACAAAGCUGAGACAUUUUGUGGAAGGAUCUGGACCCCAAAGAUGCAUGAAUGAGGUUCCCCAUGACUUCAUUUUGAGAGAAAUCCGUGACUCUGACAUCCAGGGCUCAUUAACAUUCAGGGAUGUGACUGUGGACUUCACCCAGGAAGAGUGGUGCCUAUUAGACCAUUCUCAGAAGGAACUGUACGUGGAGGUCAUGCUGGAGAAUGUGCAGAAUCUACUCUCUGUGGGCCUUCCAGUUCCUAGAGAAUAUUGUGCCUCCUAUUUUCAGCAAAGGAAAGCACCAUGGCUGCUAGAGCAAAAAGGCCCCAGGAGCUCCUCUCCAGAGUCAGAGACUAAUUCUGAAGUGAAGAAGAUUUCUACAAAACUGAUGAUUUUUGUGGAAGGAUUUGACCCCGAAAGAUGGAUGAAUGAGAGUUCCCAUGACUUCGUUUUAAGAGAAAUCUGUGACUCUGAUAUGAAGAUAAACAAAAAUCUAAAGAGUGAAUGUGAAUUUGAUGACCGUUCAGAGAAAUUCAGUCACUGUUCAGUCCUCAAUCAGUAUAUGAAAGUAGCCUCAGGAAAUGACUCUUGUCGGGAGAGUCAAUACAGCAAAUGCUUUCCUGAAGAAGUAGGAACUUUUCAGUGGAAUGAGAAAAGUUCUGAAAAGCCCAUUUAUCAAGCUAACCUAGGAGGAAUGGCCUUUAGCUACAGUUUAGACUUCAUUAGACUUCAAAAAAGUAAAUGGAUAGAGAUGGUUUCUGUGAAGGAAGAAGUUGAGAAACCUUUCAAUCCAAACUCUAAUCUUGCUGCACAUCAAAUAAUCGAUUCAGGAGAGAAACCUUAUGAAUGUAAACAAUGCGGAAAGGCUUUCAAACAAAGGGUCUCUCUUGUAGUACAUCAUAGAAUCCACUCUGGAGAGAAACCUUAUGAAUGUAAACAGUGUGGAAAGGCUUUCACAGAGAGGGGAUCUCUCACUAGACAUCAGAGAAUCCACACUGGAGAGAAACCUUAUGAAUGUAAACUCUGCGGAAAGGCUUUCAUGCAGAGUUCCUAUCUUGCUAUACAUCAGAGAAUCCACACUGGAGAGAAACCUUAUGAAUGUAAACUGUGCGGAAAGGCUUUCAUGCAGAGUUCCAAUCUUGCUACACAUCAGAAAAUCCACACUGGAGAGAAACCUUAUGAAUGUAAACAGUGUGGAAAGACUUUUAUGCAGAGUUACAAUCUUGCUACACAUCAGAGAAUCCACACUGGAGAGAAACCUUAUGAAUGUAAACAGUGUGGAAAGGCUUUUAGACGUAGCAGCUCUCUUGCUACACAUCAGCUAAUUCACAGUGGAGAGAGACCUUAUGAAUGUAAACACUGUGGGAAGGCUUUCAGAGGGAGGGGAUCUUUCAAUAGACAUCAGAGAAUCCACACUGGAGAGAAACCUUUUUUAUGUAAACAGUGUGGAAAGGCUUUCCUAGAGAAAGGAAUUCUCAUUAAACAUCAGCUAAUCCACACUGGAGAGAAUCCUUAUGAAUGUAAACACUGUGGAAAGGCUUUCCCAAAGAGGAGUCAUCUUCUUGCACAUCAAAGAGCCCACACUGGAGAGAAACAUUAUGAAUGUAAACACUGUGGAAAGGCUUUCACAGAGAUGGGAUCUCUCAUUAGACAUCAGAGAGUCCACAUUGGAGAGAAACCUUAUGAAUGUAAACUGUGCGGAAAGGCUUUCAUGCAGAGUUCCAAUCUUGCUGCACAUCAGAGAAUCCACACUGGAGAGAAACCUUAUGAAUGUAAACUGUGCGGAAAGGCUUUCAUAGCGAGAAGAUCCCUGGCUCAACAUCAGAGAACCCACACUGGAGAAAAACCUUAUGAAUGUAAACAGUGUGGAAAGGCUUUUACACGUAGUAGUUCUCUUGCUACACAUCAACUAAUUCACAGUGGAGAGAGACCCUAUGAAUGUAAACACUGUGGAAAGGCUUUCACAGUGAGGGGAUUUCUCACUAGACAUCAGCGAAUCCACACUGGAGUGAAACCUUUUGUAUGUAAGCAGUGUGGAAAGGCUUUCCUAGAGAAAGGAAUUCUUAUUAAACAUCAGCUAGUCCAUACUGGAGAGAAACCUUUUGUAUGUAAACAGUGUGGAAAGGCAUUCCCAUAUAGAAGAUAUCUUGCUAAACAUCAGAGAAUCCACACUGGAGAGAAACCUUUUGUAUGUAAACAGUGUGGAAAGGCUUUCCUAGAGAAAGGAAUUCUCAUUAAGCAUCAGCUAAUCCACACUGGAGAGAAACCUUUUGUAUGUAAACAGUGUGGAAAGGCAUUCACAUAUAGAGGAUCUCUCACUAGACAUCAGAAAAUCCAUACUGGAGAGAAACCUUAUGAAUGUAAACAGUGUGGAAAGGCUUUCCCAGAGAGAGGAUAUCUCACUAAACAUCAGAGAAUCCACACUGGAGAGAAACCUUUUGUAUGUAAACAGUGUGGAAAGGCAUUCACAUUUAUAGGAUCUCUCGCUAAACAUCGGAGAAUCCACACUGGAGAGAAUCCUCAUGAAUUUAAACAGUGUGGAAUGACAUUCCCACAUAGCAGAUCUCUUGCUACACAUCAACUAAUGCACAUUGGAACGAAAACUUAUGAAUGUAAACAAUGUGGAAAGACUUUUGCAAGAAGGGACUCUCUUGUAGUACAUCAUAGAAUCCACUCUGGAGAGAAACCUUAUGAAUGUAAACGCUGUGGAAAAGCUUUCACCCAGAGAAGUCAUCUUGCUAGACAUCAGCUAAUCCACACUGGAGAGAAACCUCAUGAAUGUAGACACUGUGGAAAGUCUUUUAAAGAAAAGGGCUCUCUCGUAGUACAUCAUAGAAUCCAUUCUGGAAUAAAACCUUAGGAAUGUAAACACUUGGAAGGCUUUCACACAGAGAAGUGUGGAAGUGAAAAAUUGAGAAUAGUUUGUGGAAGAGAUGGAAUAGCUGGGACUACUGACCUGCUAUUUGAGCAAGAACAUUCUGUUUGGAAUGUGACCAAUGUAAAAAAUAGACUCAAAAUCAGGACUACAAUCCCCACAAGUCUUUGCUCCACUUCCCCAAAAUGCUUUGUAAUCUCACGGAAUUCUGAGGUGGGCAAGAUCGCGAAGGUAUUUAAGCUGAUUCAAAGGCUUUUGAGGGUCUCUUUUUGGACUUCUGUUUUGGAGUAGAAAGAGCUCUUUCAUGAUGUGAGAUUACCUUGUUUAGGCCACUCUGGCCUAGGCACGUGUUUCUUAUCCUGUCUUUUCUUUAAUCCUUAAUCUUCAGUAAACCUCUAAAAACAUAAUACUACUUGUAGAGAGAAACUGAUUUCUACUUGCCUCAGUCUUCCCAUAUCCCUAAAUUUUAACUGUUACAAAUGGCGACCACUAGAUUGGAUGAAAACUUCUCAAGUUUUUUAGCGCAGAUAAUGAUUUUUUUAAAAACCCUUACCUUCUGUCUUAGAGUAAAUAAUAUGUAUUGGCUCCAAGGCAGAAGAGUGGUAAGGGCUAGGCAAUGGGGGUCAAGUGACUUGCCCAGGGUCACACAGCUAGGAAGUGGCUCAGGUCAGAUUUGAACCUAGGACCUCCCAUCUCUAGGCCUGGCUCUCAAUCCACUGAGCUACCCAGCUGCCACCGAUAAUGAUUUUUUUAAAGCCACAUUUCUCCAAGAUACCCUUUAGAAAACCAUCUUGAUCAGCUCCUGCCUGCGGCCUUCUCUGCUCCUGCUUCUGCUCCUGGCCUCUCACCUGGUGCCUGAGCUCCCGGCCAUGUUUGUCUGCACUCAGGCUCCCAGCCCUGCCCACCCCAGUGUCUUGCUCACCUGGCACACCUGAUUCAGCCAGGAUUGAAAUCACCUGAUGACCUGCCUGCCCAACAUACUGUAGCCUCGGAGCAGAUUACUCAUUUCUGAUAGCUGGUAACUAACAAAAGGGGGUAUUGGCUCCACGUGGACUGGGGCAGGAAGAGGGAUCAUAUCAGGGGAUUGAGAAAAGACACUAGAGAGAAGAAACAGAUUUUUCAAGCAGGAACCUUAAUAGCAAUGGGCUGUUUAUAAGGAGAUCUUUUGACUCUUCUGGUAAUUUCAUUGACUUCACUUGCCUGUCAGGGAGCAGACUCAGUCCAAAGAUUCAACUUUAGUGGGGCAGCUGGGUGGCUCAACGGACUGAGCAAUAGACAUUUAAAUGGAUAAGAACUCAAGGAACUUUAAAGACUAGAGACUAUAUUUUAAGGCAUUUCAGACUCCAAUGGUUCAUACAAAUUUCUGUAUUCUAUUGCAUUUUUCCUGAUUGUUUUGUUUUAGAUUUAACUUUGUGGUGUUAAAUUCAUAUAUUACUGGACUGAACAUUAUUGUUUUACACUGAAGGUUGAUUGAAUUUAUUUUGAAUGUACUGAGUUUUAACUACUGUUAAAUUCUGUUGUUUUUCCCCUAUAACUGUGCUGAAAAAGUAUUAUUGAAUAAUCCCAUAUAUGAAAAAACAGCCUUUCUAUUUUUGCCUUUGUAAAUUGACAUAUAGAAUGGAUGGUCUUCAGAACUGGUUAUAAUUGUAUUAACAACCUUAGGAAAAUUUAAUAUGCUAAAUAUCUCAAAUGAUUUUAAGGGUUUUUUAAAUAUGAUUUUUGUAAUUUUUUUUUAAACUAUCUCUGGUUAUUUUUGCCUGCCCCUACCACGAGGUAAGGCCCAUUCUAGUAGCUGAAGUGAAAUAAAUUUAAAAAACCCAACCUUCCCACAUGUGAAUGGAAGUUGGGCAGUUAAUCUCAGGGCAUUGGUAUCCCUAUAAGUCUCCCAAAAAAGAGCACCCCUUUAUAUGUACUCUUCAGCUCACUAUUUUACUUGCACCAGAAUGAUAUAUAGAUUUCUUGAUUAUUUUCUUAACCCAAGAUGAGUUUUACUUUGUUUAAAAAUAUGUUUGAAUACCAAGGUUGAAAGAUUGCUAUGUUUGUAAAAAUUGUGACAAAUGUCCAUCAAUUCAUAGGCUUUUAAAUGUCAUAUAACUUAUGUGAAAUAUGAAAGUGUGUUUGUUUGCUAUUGUAAUUAAUUGGGCUAUUGAGAAUUUUGGGGAUUUUGAUAUCUACCUAUUUGCACUACUGUAUUUUUAAAAAUGGAAAAAUGUUACCUCUCUCAAUUCAUUUGCCUUCUACUCACAGUGAUCAUGGCCAGAUAUUAAGAGGAAAUGGAUCUCAUUUUUGGUGAGAAAGCCUUGCAUUUUAUAUUUUCUUAGCUGACACAGUGUCAAUGAUUAUAAGCUAUAUUUUUGAAUUUUAAAGCUCUUUGAUUAUAUUUUUCUUGCAUGUGCAAUAUACUUUUUCAGUUUUUUUUUUAAUUUUUUCUCUUUUUUCUAUUUGAAGCACAUGUCACCAGUAUUAAGAUUUUCUUUGACUUUUUGACUUUUCAGUAGUAUAAGUUUAAGAUACAUUUGCUAAUGCAUAACCCUAAAAAGCUUGUUACUAUAAAAAUGAUGCCACUAAUUAUUUAAAAAAUUAUGGGACUUUGAUUAAUGAUUCUGUCUGAUUAUCCAGGACAAGAUAUACACACAAGAGCCAUUGCACAGAGCCAAAGAAAAGCCAAUCCCGGAUGGAUUGAUGCACUUCCAGGCCAAUACAAAGGUCUUGAACCUAGUGUGAAGACUCAAGGUUACUGUGUUUAACAUGUUGUUAUGACAUAGGCUUUCCUUGUGUCCACACUCACUCUGAAGAUACUCAAAGACGAGUAUCCCCAACCUUGGCUCCUACUUGGCUUCUUUAAUCUGGUCCCUGUCUUUUCUGCCUUUCAUAGUGUGGUAACUUUCUGUAGUCCUGGCUACUGACUGGGUAAAUGCAUCAUUGCUGAGAUCAUUUUGAUUGGGCCCUGAUUCAAGGACCUGUUAUAGAUUUAUUUUUCUUUUACUUGGAAUUUUUACACAUAAGACUGAUAGUCUAUAUUUUCAUCCAGAAAUUUCUUUUCUUUUUGAUUUUUCUUAUGUCUUUUUACUAUCUCUUGCCAAUUGAUUCAUUUAACUCAGCCAUGCAUCCCUAAGUGAUCCUUUUUUUUUUUUAAUCACCCUCUUAACGGGGGGAUGUAAAAAAUAUCAUUAUUUAAAUUGCAAAAUUUAAAUUCCUUUUUGAGAAGAAUUUUAGGUAAAGAAGAUGCUACUUCCCUGAAUCCAGAAACUGAACUGUUGGAGAAGCCAUCAUGAAGAAGCCUCCAGACCACAAGCUGCACAAAAAUGAACUUUGGGUGUGGUUGAUUGAACAUUUAUUUGUAUGUAUACUUUCAUGCCAAAGGGGACUGCCCCCUAACUGGCUUUUUGUCAAUGCCUUCAGCAAUCAUUGGUUUUAUUCUUUUAUUUUCUCUCUUAUCCUCAAAUUAUUGUAAUCUUUAAAUUGAUUAUGUUUUCGUGAUCCUUUGGUAAAAAAUUAAUUUUUUUCAAACGAUCAAAUGGAGGAAUGUAAAAAAUAGACCCGAAUACAGGACUACAAUCUCCACAAGCCUUUGCUCCACUUCCCCAAAAUGCUUUGUAAUCUCACGGAAUUCUGAGGUGGGCAUGAUCGAGAAGGUAUUUAAGCUGAUUCAAAGGCUUUUGAGGGUCUCUUUUUGGAGUUUCGUUUUGGAGCAGAAGGAGCUCUUUCAUGAUGUGAGAUUACCUUGUUUAGGCCACUCUGGCCUAGGCACGUGUUUCUUAUCUGUCUUUUCUUUAAUCCUUAAUCUUCAAUAAACCUCUAAAAAUA